GUUGAACUCUUUGCCUCACCGCAACAGGAUGGCGUUGAAAUCCGUGGAAGUGCCUACAAAAGUGUUCGACGGGCAGAAACCGGGAACUAGCGGUUUGAGAAAAGCCGUGAAGGUGUUUCAACAACAACACUACACCGAGAAUUUCGUACAAUCUAUUUUAUCAGCUGUUGGGCCUCAGCUGGUCGGUUCUACAUUAGUCGUAGGUGGGGAUGGCCGAUACUUUGGUAAACAGGCGGUGGACAUCAUCAUCAAAAUCAGUGCAGCCAAUGGUGUGGCCAGACUGGUUAUCGGCCAGAAUGGUAUCCUGUCAACUCCAGCCGUCUCUUGUCUGAUCCGCAAGUUGAACGUGGCCGGAGGGAUUGUAUUGACGGCCAGUCACAAUCCUGGCGGACCUGACAAUGACUUUGGCAUCAAGUUCAACUGCUCCAACGGAGGACCGGCACCAGAUGCAGUCACCAACCAUAUUUAUGAGCUUACGAAGGUGAUCAAGUCUUACUCUUUAGUCCCAGAUCUCUCCUGUCCCAUUGAUAAGUUGGGGACUCAGAAAUUCAAGGUUGAUGAUAGAGAUUUUGUUGUAGACAUAAUUGACUGUGUAGAAGAUUACUUGCAGUUAAUGAAAGAAAUAUUUGAUUUUAACAAGUUAAAGAAAUUAAUUCAAGGAAGUGAUGGCCGACCACCUUUCAAACUGCUGAUCAACUCCAUGCAUGGAGUGACUGGCCCAUACGUCCAACGGAUAUUCGUAGAGGAGCUUGGUGCACCCAAGAACAACACAAUCAACACAACGCCUCUGGAGGAUUUCGGAGGUCACCACCCUGACCCUAACUUGACCUACGCUGCGGAUUUGGUCCAGGCUCUGCAAGAAGGGGAUUAUGAUUUUGGAGCAGCCUUUGAUGGUGAUGGGGAUCGUAACAUGGUUCUGGGACACAAGGCCUUCUUUGUGACUCCAAGUGACUCGUUGGCUGUGCUGGCCGCUCAUCUGGAGUGUAUUCCAUACUUCCAAAGGACAGGUGUUAAGGGUUACGCCAGGAGCAUGCCUACUGGAGCAGCUGUGGAUAGAGUGGCUGCAGUCAACAACAAGGAGCUAUUUGAGGUUCCAACAGGGUGGAAGUACUUUGGAAACUUGAUGGAUGCAGGUCGUUUGUCCCUCUGUGGUGAGGAGAGUUUUGGUACCGGGUCGGAUCACAUCAGGGAGAAGGAUGGCAUCUGGGCAGUAUUGGCUUGGUUGUCAGUCAUCUCACAUCUGGGCAAACCUGUGGACCAAAUACUGCAGCAGCACUGGGCCAAGUUCGGCAGAAACUUCUUUACAAGGUACGACUACGAGAACUGUGAGUCAGACCCUUGUGAGAAGAUGAUUGCUGAGUUGGAAACCAAGGUGACAGCUGCAGGGUUUGUAGGGACAGUCCUGAGCUCUGGUGGUAAGAGCUACAAGGUGAAGUCUGCUGACAACUUUCAGUACACGGACCCCAUCGAUCACAGUGUCGCCAGCAAACAGGGCAUCCGGGUGAUUUUUGAGGACGGCUCUCGCCUGAUCUAUCGCCUCAGCGGCACAGGUAGCUCUGGGGCGACUGUACGUCUGUACGCGGAGAGCUACGAGUCCGAUCCCGCGGCACUGUCACUGGACGCUUCAGUAGCUCUGCGGCCUCUGAUACAGGUGGCACUGGAACUGUCUAAACUGCCGCAGUUCACUGGAAGAGACACACCCACCGUCAUAACAUAAAUAUCAAAACACAAAAACAAUUAAAUUCAGCUCAAAGCUGCUCACCUGUUAAGUUUACUAAAUUUUUAAGUCUAUUGAAGAUUUUAUUUUUAUACUCCACACGUUCUCUCAGGAUGUAGCACAAAACUUCAAGUGUGUUUUAAUUGUCUGUGUAUUUUAUUUGAACGCUCUCUAAUGUUGUAAAAUUACCUUAAAACGUUUGAAUAUUACACAAAACCUCAUCAUCUAUUUGCCUGCUUGAGUAGAAAGAUGUCUUAAGAGUGUAUUUCAUGGUUAUACAACAAUUAAUUGAAACAUAGCCUCAAUUUAUGUGUAGGCCUACUUAAGAUUUUCCAAAUCUGGGAAUCUUGUUAAUAGUAUACUGUAUGGUGUAUUUUACUAACUUUUAACAAAUACAGCUAGUAGUAGUAGUUUCAGUUUACAAGAACCAAAUUUGUUAAUUUUUUAUUGUUUUCCUUUGGUUUUAUUUUAUAUUGAUCAAAUCUAAUUGAAGCCUCUAAAAAUAAUAAGGUUGAAAUAUAAUUAGUUAGUCCAUCGAUAAUGUUUAGAAUACAGUCCAACCUCAGUAUAACGAAUCUGAAGGGACCGAACUGAAUAUUCGUUAUAUCAAGGAUUUCGUAAAAACGAGGUUCGUUAUAUAGAGGUUAUGUUUGCAGGAAUUUCGCUAAGACGAGGUUCAGAACCAGCGUCGGUCAAUAUAGGUCGGGAUUAGUCAUCAUUAAAACACAAUUAAAGUAGCAUAGGCUACUAUACUUUACAGUACAGUGUUUACAUUGUACAGAAGAACCUAAAUUAUCCGGCAUAAUAAAGUGGAGGGAUCUUGAAUAUUGCGCAAUCAUGACAAUGGCAUUGACCUUGGUACAGGUUAAGAAACUGUAAGUUUAAAAUCACAGCUUGUUCUAACCCUCCUAAAACCUAGCCAAACACUGUAUUGCGUAGUCAUGUCAUAGUCAUAAAUCAUGUAAAGAAUAAAACAAAACAGUAGUAUGUAGAAAGUUUUGUAAGCUACUGCUCGUGAUAGGCCAGUAGGCUACUUACAGUACAGUACCGGUACUGAUUUAUCACAACAGAUGACAGGAAUGUCAAUAAUAAUCAUUAACUAUAGCAUUGGUGUUGCUAGUUGAAACAAAUCGUAUUGAAAACAAUACAGUAAAUUAUUAGAUAAGUCAUUAUAAAUGUGUAUAAUCAAUAGCCAACUUAAAGAUAAUAAAAACACUCGAAAAAGGAAUGUUAAAAUAACGAUGUUGCUAUUCUUUCUCUUUGGUUUUGUUUUUAUAUUCUUUCUUAGGUUUCUCUUUAUCCAAAAAUUGUACAAUUCACCAUAGUUACUUAUCGCCCAAUCACAGCUUACUAAAACAUUACGUCGUCAUCAGUCCUCAGUGAAUGAAAUCAGUUCUCAGUUGCAACAUAGCGCGCGCAGCGACAGCAGACAGCGAUGUGUAAAACGGAGCAGACGAAUGUUAGCGCAAGCAAUGACGUCACCUUUCCAUUUCAUUUGAUAAAGAAACAGAUUUUUCAAAAACAAUAAUGGGGUGGGGGAUUUGUUAUAUCGAGGGAAAGACGUAGACAAUUCGUUAUGCAGAGGUGAAAUUCGCAAUGUAGAGGUUCUGACAAUGAUAAAUUCGCUAUAUUGAGGUGUCUUAUUUUAGCCGAAAUCACGAAAAAUUUGUUAAAUCAAGGUCGUUGUUAUGGUUUGUUCGUUAUGUAGAGGUAAAAUAUACAUUGUGUCUUAUGGAGAGUUCUAGGGGAUUUAAAAAAAUUCGUUAUAUCAAGGAAUUCGUUGUAUCGAGGUUCGUUAUAUCAAGGUUAGACUGUAUCAGAAUGUAAAUAGACAUGUAAAUUGUUUUCAAGAAUAUAUUAAACAUUUGUAAAUCAUAUUUUUCAUUUUACCAUACAAAAAUGGAUGUGCAUGUUUGUCAAUAGUGUGAAUAAAAUUGAAUAUAUUUUUGUAAUAAAACUUAACAAACAUACUACGUUUACAUGAACAAUAGACUGUCUUUAAAUAGCUUAAAGAUUGUUUUUUAUUCAUUUAUGUUGUUUCCAAAUCUUUGCCCAAGAACCUGAAUGCAGUGGCGGGUCGUAAUGGUUAAUGCUUAUCGAAAGUGAAUCGAUUUAAUUCAAAGUUUUCUUCUGUGGCUCGGUGUAUAAGCCUGAUGCAUGUAAGCGUAGUAGAUUCGUUUACAGUGUGUUUGCACAGAGAAUUGCAAAGUGUAAAUAUGCGUGACAGACGGAUUGCCGAGUAAAUGUUUACUUCGAUUUUUCUGUACAACUCUUCUAAAUAAAUGUUAUCUGAGAACAAAUGUAGCACCGUAGCGACUAAUUGUAACUAAAUCUUCAUUCAUCAACAUGCAUUUCAAAAGAUCAUGACAUAUAGUGUAUCACUUUUGUUGGUUUGUCACCAUGUUGGUUCUAAAAAAGAGGCGUGGUAACCUAGUUUUUAAAUAGUUUUUUUCAUUGUUGCUUGAAUGCUUUUUAAUGGUUUGGUUAAAUAUUGUAUAAGAUUUGGAAGGAUGUCAACUUUUUGUGUCUUGCUAAAAUUCAGGGUAAAAUGUUGUACACAUCUAAUAAUUUACCAUUGUUUAAGGUCAUAUUGUUAUGAGCUCUUCCCCUAAUCGUAAACAUAGUAGCACAAGUAAACCCAUCUUUUGUCAAAAAGUAAAUUGAUAAACUCAAUCAUUAUCUAUUUAAAUUGGUUAUUAUGAUUUUUGUUGAAAUUUAAACCUAAGUUAAAAUGAAAAAUCAUUUUUUAGUGUUAAGACUAAGAUUAAUAAAAAAACUCAUGUGCACUAUGAUUAGGUUCAGAUAGACCAAAACUUCUGUGCGCGCAGGAGGUUCACUACUAGCCACACUGAAAACAUGCAGGUGCCGGUUAUUGGCAAUGCUGGGAGUAGGGUGAGUGAGUCACUCUGAGCAACAAGACAUGGAUGUAAUGACAAAAGUACCUCCUCCAAUACCCGGUUAGUUCUGGUUGCGCACACAGAAAUUUUGGCCGAACUGAAUCCCCAAAUGUAAAAAUACUUCAAAUUAGUAAUAGAUUUUGCAUGAUUGAUAGUACCCAUCAUCCUGUGUAAAAGUGUAUGCUGUUUUACGUGAAAAAUAGGAAUCGAUAAUAUAUUUAGGAGAAACCCAAGAAGAAAUUAGUUAUUAUUGUUUAAUGGUUCGGGAGACCAUUUAAUACCUUGAUGGAAGGUUCUUAGGUUUUGGUGUGUUUUCUAACAACUCACGUGGGAUUUAGAUUUUCGGGCCACAGGCUUAUGCGAAGAAAGGAAAUCUAAAUGACCAAACAUUUGUUUUGUAAUACAUGGACUGUUAGACAACUCUCACUAUUUUGGCCUGAAAAUUAUUAAGCUUAUUUUGGGCUUACUGAACCCUCUGCUAGAUGUGAGUCUUGUGAGAAAUAUAAGCCUUGGAAUUUGAAUAUUUGCUUUCAUUUACAACUGAUGUUGGGGUGGAUGAAAAUUAAAGGAUAAGUGUUAACUCAGUAAACUAUAAAAUAUAUUAGCAAUUUUGUAGAGUUUCAUGUUUAUAGACCCUUUUGAAUGAUUAAGUAAGAUAAAUUGAAGAUAUCUGUAGUGAAUGAGCAACUGGUUGAAUGAAUUUGGACAUGAAUUGGUUAAGCCAUUUUCCUACAUCAUGUAACAAAAUGUGUAAAACUUGUUGAUAAACAAAUGCUUGGAAUUUGUUUACAAGAGUUUCCAUUCAUUGUAUAUUUUUGUAGGUAGCCCACUAACUUUUGAGUAAUACACAUAUUGAGCUUGUUUGUAAAUUGAAUUUUAUUUGUAAAAUUCACUGAUUUCUAGUAAAGGAGUUUGCCAACAUCCAAUCGUGUAAAUUGUAAAUACUCUAGUUGGAAACAAGGGACCUGAUGUUUUUGUUAGUUCUAGUUACUGACGGCGUACACAACACAGCAGGAAAGUUAUUGUUAAUGUUUUGUACGCUAAUGUAACGUGUUUUUGAGACCAGCGUUGACUGCCAGUUUUUGUAAACGCCACUGAGUGGAACCGUGCGGAUAUUGUACAGUUAGGUUAGGUUAGUGUUAGUCUGUGGAGGAAGUGGGGAUAUCGUUACGUUCUUGGGAAUCUUCACACUUCUUUGACAUAGCCUUAGGUUACCAACAGCUACUUAAAUAUCAUAAAUUCUUUGCUAAGGUAAAUUAAAAGAUUUUAUGCUUUAUCUAGAUGUAGGAGCCUCUUCCAUUCGAUUAGUUUAGUCUAGUCUAAGUGAGAAGUGGUAGGUAGGUGCGUUGCGCACAUUUGUUACCCAGUCAAAAGACACCCAAAUUGAUUUGUGAGUGGUGUUUGAUUGUCGUUUUAUUAUUGUUAUGUUUGAGUUAUUCAAUAAAUAAAUUUAAAUGUCUUUUGUGA